CUGCAUCGUUCUUUUGUUGACAUCAAAUACUCGGUUGGGCUUGACCGGAGGUUAGGUACCUAAUGUCUUGAAGCCAAGGGCAAUUUAUGCUAUCCAAACAGUAACAGGCACUAUGGCCGCCAUAGCUACCCAAACGAUUGAUGCCCCAACAGCCGGGCUUGAACAGGUACUAUAUAGGCUACAAGAGAAGCGUAUCGCCCUCGAGAAGGUCGUGCUGCAGUAUGGCGAAGCUCCAGCGGGCAUAAAGGAGGUGUUCGAGCUCUGCAGGGGCUUUGAACGUGCGUAUAUGUCCUUCAUCAAUGAAUCACCGGUUGCCAGUAAGAUCAAGGAGGCUUUCAUGGGCGAGAAGGGGCUCGCGGGGAAGGUCAAGAAGCUGCCCAUGGACAAGGUGUUUGAGCUGAAGAACGUCAAGUCGGUAUGCCGCCAGUCGGACGGCUACCAGCCCAGCAUGGUGGCUCCGGAGAAGGGCCUGCGCCAGCUCUCCAGCGAGGCGCUAGACCACGUCACGGACCCCGUCAACACGUGCGUGCAGGAGGUCUACAACCUGCUGGUCAAUGCGGCCAGGGAGGCCGCGGAGAAGGCCGGGCAGUUCACCGAGGCGGCGCUCAUGGGCGCCAUGCCCAUGUACGUGCCUGACUUCAAGAACGUGGUGAUGCCGGCCAUCAUUGCGGCGCUGGACGAGUGGAAGAAGGAGAGCGAGAAGAUGGCUCACAUGUUGGUGGACAUGGAGCGCUCCUACAUCACCGCCGGCUUCUUCCGCCACACCACGCACCACCGCUACCAGAAGAUCAAGCAGCAGGAGCAGAUGCGCGCGGCCAUGUCGGCCCGGCAUGUGCCGCCCGGAGGCGAGCCGCGGGGAGCCGUGGCCGCAGUCAAGCAGACCGCCGCCAAGUUCUUCCCCUCGUUCGGGCCGACAGCAGGCGCGCCGCCGCCGGGGCAGGCCGGCACGCCUCCCGGCACGCCGCCCAACGGCUUGGCGAACGAUGAUGACUCGGAUGACGGCAAGCCGUCACCCAAGCCGGCAAACGGCUCUGUUCCCAGCGUAGCCAACGCGGACGACUUCAUCGCCGGCUACUUCGACAAGUAUGUGUCCGACGACUCGGCUCGCUUCCUGGAGUCCAUGAAGUGGCAGCGCCGCUUCUUCGUGUUCUCGGAGAGCCAGCGCGUGCUAUACUACUUCAAGAGCCCGGAGGACGUGUCCAAGCCCACGGGCCUGCGGGGACAGGUCAACAUUGCCGAGUGCAUCGUGGAGGACCUGGACGACAAGGGCAACGCCCGGCCGCCCACCGCUGUGUCCGGAGCUGCUGCGCUUGACAAGGGGCAGCUGAUGAUCCGCAUCCGCCACAAGGACCCGCGGGGCGUGGCGGUGAAGGACCACAACGCGAUCAUCAUGCGCGCAGAGAACAUUGACACCAAGAUCACCUGGCUGACCAAGCUGAGGAAGGCUGCGGAGCCCCGCCGCCCCACCAACCAGGCAGCAGCGGCUGCCGGGCACCCGCCGCAGCAGCAGGGCGCGGCGGCGGGCCCGGGAGGUGCACCGCCAGCGCCGGGGGGCAGUCCCGCCGCGCCAGGCGCCGCGGGCCCCGGUCCCAGCAGCGCUGCGGUCGCGGGCGUGAGCAUGGGCGGCGGCUCCAUGGGGUUUGGCGGUGCCAUGGGCGCCCUGUUCGACGACGGCGACCUGAGCUGGGCCAAGGACGCGGAGCCUGUGUUGGACACGCAUCUGGGAGAGGGCUCCUCCGCUUUCAGGGCCGACUCGGUUCGCGACUCCGAGGGCCGGCUGCUGCCCGCUCCGCAGCAGCUGCUCAACCCGCUGCGUCUGAAGGACCGCCUGGCUCGCGCCGGCGGCUCCAGCUCGCCGUGGGACGUGCGGUACGACGCGCUGCUGGACCAGUUCUCCGCUGACAUGGCGCUGUACAUGAGCUGCAUCUGCGACACGGUGGUCAUCACGGUGCCCAAGGCCGUCGUGCAUUGCAUGAUCCGCAAGUCCGAGAAGAACCUGCUGGAGCGGCUCUUCACCGUCAUCCACCACCUGACGCCCACGCAGCUGGAGAACCUGCUGCGGGAGGAUGAGCCCAUCGUGGAGAAGCGCAAGGCGGCGCGCGCGUCGCUGGAGGACGUCAAGACAGCCAUCUUCCAGGUGCAGCAGGUGCUCGAAAGGCAGAACAUGUCGGCGCCCGCGGACCGGAAGGACCGUGUGCCGCUGCAGGCGCUGGUCUUCGCCUACGCGGGCAUCAAGGAGAAGCUCAACCCUGAGCAGUACAACUACUUUGACAGGAAGUUCAACGACAAGUACGCGCCCGAGUGCGUGCGCUUCAACUGGUUCAUCCGGCCGCAAGGACCGCCUCCCCCGGGCGCUCCGGGCGGCCCGCAUCCACACGGCGGCGGCGCUCCGCACCCUCGCGGCCCGCCGCUGCACCCCGCAGCGGGAGGUCCGCCCGGAGGUGGCCCUGGCGGCCCGCCGCCAGGGCCGCCCCAGCACAGCCCCCACGGCCCGCCGCCGCCAGGUGCCGGUCCCUCGCCGCCCAUGCAGCGGCCGCCGCCUAUGGGACCCGGCGGGGCGCCUGUGGGCCCUAGCGGCCCCAGCAUGACGGGCGGGCUGGCGAGGCCGCCGGGCAUGGCUGGCCCGCCGCAGCCUCAGCGGCCGCCGCCGAGUGCACCCAUGGGGGCGCCCAUGGGGCAACCCAUGUCGGCGCAGCGGCGGCCGCCGCCGCCGCCUCCGGGCGCGCGUUGAGGGGGUGGCGAGCAGGCAGGCGGGUGCUUUGUGGCAGGGCGAGGCAAGUGCAUGGAGGCAGGUGGCUGGGGAAGGAUGGGGUAGAUUGGAUUGUAGAUGUACCUAGGAGUGGCGAUGGCUAUGGACGUCUGGAGGCAGCUGGUGUGGAUUGGGGAUAGGGAGGGCGGUCGUGUGGGAAGCAUAGGAGCAUGGGUUAGGCGGCACUUUUACCGGCUUUGGGGUUUAGGGGGCAGGGACUGUAAUGUCUGUAGUGUCUUGGGUCUGAAGUGUCGCAUGUACGGUUAUGGGCAGUGAUCCACGUGGCAGUGCAAGGAGAAGAGGAGUUUAGGCUCAUAGCACGAUGCAGCACACAUACUAGGCGCUUCGUUCUGGUAGGCAGCCUUGGAGGCGUAGGCUCUUAGGGGUUGUGAGCAACGGCAUAAGGACGGCAACCCGAUUGCUGAUUAGAUGGCGGUCGGCAGCGUACAGCACAUGCCAGUCCGCGAAUACUUUAGCAGAUGCUUUAUUGAAUCCGAUGAUAGAUGUGUCCAUUGCAAUGGUGGGUGUGAUAUGUCCACAGGGUUGGCGCUUGAACAGGAAGCACCCAGGCUGUCGACGGUAGCUCGCUACAUGGGGCUAGGUACCGGUAUGGUCAAUGCAUAAAGAGCACUUGGCCUGAGCAAACGGUAGC